GUUCGCCGUCGUGACGUCACUCGCCGGACUCCGGGCUGCUCGAGGACGGGACGGGCCGGGGGGCGGCCAGCGGCGACCUUUUCUCUUUAUUUUUCCCUCAUCUUCUCCCUAAAAAACACCCUCGUCGUCCCCGAAACGCACCGAACGGGCUUCCCGCGGCCGGAGAGCACCGUCACCGGCGGGAUUGCGGCGAAAGGGCUCGCGGCCUCCGCGGGAAAGUUUCUGACCGGCGCUCGUGACAGCGGCGGGAAUCUCGCGCGCCUCCGGGAUUUCACGAGACGGGGAUCCGGCGGCUACCAGCGCGGUUAACGGAGAAACAACGUCAAAUACGGUCGAGGUUUGCGGGGAAAUAUAAAUAGAGCGAAAGGCAGCGCCGGAGAGCCGCAGCGCCCCCGCCGGUAAACUCACGGGAAACUCACGGGAAACUCUUCAGCGACACACCGGCGAGCAGCGGAACUCGGAGAAGGAUGGCCGCCUCAGUGAAGGUAGCGGUGAGAGUUCGGCCUUUUAACUCCCGUGAAACCAGCAGAGAUGCUAAGUGUGUCAUACAGAUGCAGGGAAACACCACCUGUAUCUUUAACCCCAAACAGCCCAAAGAUGCAGCCAAGAACUUCAGCUUUGAUUAUUCAUACUGGUCUCACAGCACGGAGGAAGACCCAGCUUUCGCGUCCCAGCGGCAGGUGUAUCUGGACAUCGGCGAGGAGAUGCUGCUUCAUGCCUUUGAGGGAUACAACGUGUGUAUUUUCGCCUACGGUCAGACCGGAGCAGGGAAGUCCUACACCAUGAUGGGAAAACAAGAGCCUGGACAGCAAGGCAUCAUUCCACAGAUGUGUGAAGAUCUGUUCAAGCGCACCAGUGAGAACACCGACCCUGAUCUGUCCUACUCUGUAGAGGUGUCCUACAUGGAGAUCUACUGCGAGCGAGUGCGUGAUCUGCUCAACCCUAAGAGUAAAGGAGCGCUGCGGGUGCGAGAGCAUCCUAUCAUGGGCCCGUACGUGGAGGACCUGUCCAAGCUGGCCGUCACCUCCUAUCAUGACAUCAGAGACCUGAUGGACGCCGGGAACAAGGCCCGGACGGUGGCAGCCACGAACAUGAACGAAACCAGCAGCAGAUCACACGCCGUCUUCACCAUCGUCUUCACUCAGCGCCGCCGAGAUCAGCUGACCAGCCUCGACACGGAGAAGGUCAGUAAGGUGUGUGUGUGUGUGUGUGUGUGUGUGUGUCUGUUGACGUCUCUCUCUCUCUCUCUGCAGGUCAGUAAGGUGAGUCUGGUGGAUCUGGCGGGCAGUGAGCGAGCGGAUUCCUCCGGAGCUAAAGGCGUGAGGUUAAAGGAAGGUGCUAAUAUCAAUAAAUCUCUGACCACGCUGGGGAAGGUCAUCUCUGCUCUGGCUGAAAUGCAAAACAACAAAAGAAGGAAAAGUGAGUUCAUCCCGUACAGAGACUCCGUGCUCACCUGGAUACUGAAAGAGAACCUGGGUGGUAAUUCUCGUACGGCUAUGAUUGCGGCUCUCAGUCCUGCAGAUAUUAAUUAUGAGGAAACGCUCAGCACUCUCAGGUAUGCUGACCGUGCCAAGCAGAUCCGUUGUAACGCUGUAAUUAACGAGGAUCCAAACGCUCGUCUGAUCAGAGAACUGAAAGAGGAAGUGAACCGACUCCGAGACCUGCUGCUGUCUCAAGGACUGAGCCGGCUGGCUACUGCUCCAGCUGCUGAAGUCAAUAAUAACCAUGUGGGCGUCACUCUAAUGCCUGCUGACCCCGCCUCCAACGGAGUCCCGCCCACUUCCACACCUGUCCCGAGAGAAGGCCCCGCCUCUGAGAGUGACCCCGCCUCUCUGGAUGGCCACACCCAAUUAGAAGAGUUUCAGGGCGAGAUGAUCACCAAUGAGGAGGCAGUGGAGAGACUGAAGGAAACAGAGAAGAUCAUUGCUGAGCUGAAUGAGACGUGGGAGGAGAAGCUGAGGAAGACAGAGUCUAUACGUCUGGAGAGGGAGUCGAUUCUGGCAGAGAUGGGAGUGUCCAUUAAAGAGGAUGGAGGAACUGUGGGAGUGUUUUCACCAAAAGGGACUCCUCACCUGGUGAAUCUGAACGAGGAUCCGCUGAUGUCUGAGUGUCUGCUGUACUACAUCAAAGAGGGCGUGACCAGGGUUGGUCAGAAGGACGUGGACAUCAAGCUCAGCGGUCAGUUCAUUAAAAAGCAGCACUGUGUGUUUUACAGCUACAUCAACCAAAACGGAGGAGUGGACGUGACCCUAGAGCCGCUGGAGGGGGCGGAGACGUACGUGAACGGGAAGCAGAUCAGCGAGUGUGUGCUGCUCAGACAGGGCCACCGUAUCGUGAUGGGCAAGAGCCACGUGUUCCGCUUCAAUCACCCGGAGCAGGCCCGUCUGGAGCGGGAGCGCAGCAGCUGUGUGGAGCAGCAGGGAGAGCCGGCCGACUGGAACUACGCCCAGAGAGAGCUGCUGGAGAAACAGGGCAUCGACAUCAAGCUGGAGAUGGAGAGGAGGUUACAGGAUGUGGAGGUUCAGUAUCGGAGAGAGAAAGAGGAAGCAGAUCUACUGCUGGAGCAACAGAGACUGUACGCAGAUUCAGACAGUGGAGAUGAUUCAGACAAGCGCUCAUGUGAAGAGAGCUGGAGACUCAUCUCGUCUCUGAGAGAGAAGCUGCCAGCUAACAAGGUUCAGUCUAUAGUGAAGCGCUGUGGUUUACCCAGCAGUGGCAAACGUCGCGAGCCGCUCCGCGUCUAUCAGAUCCCGCAGCGCAGGCGCAUCAGCAAAGACCCGCAGCAGGUGACCAUGAGUGACCUGAAGCUGCAGGCCGUGAAGGAGAUCUGCUACGAGGUGGCCCUCGGAGACUUCCGGCACUCGCGGCGUGAGAUGGAGGCGCUGGCCAUCGUCAAGAUGAAGGAGCUCUGCCGCAUGUACGGCAAGCGAGACGCGGCCGAGAGCGAGUCGUGGAAGGAGGUGGCUCAGGACGUGUGGGACACGGUGGGCAUCGCGGACGAGCGCUCGCUGGACGCCGCUGACGGAGAGAGAGGAGCCUACGACCUCAGAGCACACAUCGACAAGCUGACCGACAUCCUGCAGGAGGUCAAAGAGCAGAACAACAUGAAGGACGAGGAGAUCAGAGCCCUCCGAGACCGCAUGAUGAAGAUGGAGAGCAUCAUCCCUGCAGUGCAGCAGGAUGAUGAUAAUGAUGAUGAAUCCGAGGAACUGCCUUUGAACGGCGACCAGGGGCAGGGCGAAGACCCGGAGGGGCGGGGCUCUGUGGAGCUCCUCCCUAAGGAGGAGCGAGUGUCACGUCUGAUGGAAGAAGACCCCGCCUUCCGCAGGGGCCGCCUGCGCUGGCUCAAGCAGGAGCAGAUGCGUCUGCACAACCUGCAGCAGCAGCAGAUCACCAAGCGGCUGCGCAGAGGGGGCGGGGCCGGGGGCGGGGCCGGCGAGGGCGUGGUCCACCUUCCCGGAACGGGGCGCUUCAUUCCCCCUCAGGACUGCAAGCUGAAAUUCCCCUUUAAGAGCAACCCGCAGCACCGGCUCUCCUGGGGCCCGAACGCCUCCGUCACUCUGGACGAUCUCAAAGACGAGCUCAACGAGGGACGAGGUCCCGCCCCCAGCGUGCCAUUACUUCCUCUGCCGUUCCAACUGCCGGUCGUCAUGCGUGCGCCCUCUCCCAGUCGCCCCUGGCAACCUCCCCAAUACGGCAACGGUAACUACGGCAAUGGCAAUCCGUUUCCCCAGCAACAGUGGCGCUACAGGCGCAACUCGCUGGACGGCUCCAGCGUGCCCGGCAACCAGGGUUACUAUAGCAACGGGCACCACAACCAUAACGGCGCGCAGCAUCCGGGACGCGGUCGCUAUCGCCGACAGUCGCCGGGUCCCUGCUCACGCGGCGAGGGGGCGUACGCUCAACCGUACGUCAAUCAUCAGCGGCCCGCCUUCCAGACUCUACCGCACGCGCUCUCCGAUCAACCGCACGGCAGAAACCAAAAACCACAGGGCUACGUCACUCCGCCACGUAUGAGACGGCAGUACAGCGCCCCCGACCUGAAGAGCAAAGAAACGCCCGUCUGAUGCCUGCGCCUUCACUUACCAUGUCAUGAAACACACAACGUCUUGUUUUAAUGGGUUACUUAACAGUCUCCGACAAGGACCGCCCACUUUUGACAGGAAGAGAGCGUUUGACUGACAGCUAAAAUCUGUUCGCGGCGAGAGCGAUAGCUAUGAGGAGUUUAAUAUUCACUUUUAAGGUGGACUCACGUUCAUCAAGUCGCUUCUAUAGGAAUCUACUCAACUGGGAAGUUUUUUGCGCUAAAGAUUUCGUAGGUUCAAGGUAAACUUGCUGGGUUGACCAACAAAAAGCUUCUGGGAUUAAAGCGAUUCUUUUGUAAGAGACAACGGACCUAUUUUUGGUCUUUGAAAUUUUCAAGUGAGACCGUGCUUGAAGCAGUGUUUUAUAUAUCUCUACACUCUACGAACUUCUUCGUUUGUUCAUUUUCGAUGUGUUUUGCUAACGUAACCAUCGCUUGCGUAACAACUAGAAAGAUAAGUUCUGCACGAGUCGUUCUGAUGGGAAUCUUUACUGCGAAUGAUUUCCCAAACGCACUGACCAACAAAAAACCGUUUGGAAUAAAAGCCAUUUCUUGGUUUGUCAAAGACAGCUGUCCUUUUUCGACCUGUGGAAGUUAGUCAAGAUCCUGUCUCUGAGCAGUCCUUCAUGUAUCCCCACACUUUUCAUGAUCCACAUCACAGCUAUAAUGAUAAUAACACGGAGCAAUCGUGUUGGGAUCACUUCAAACACUGACAACCAAUCAGAAUCCACCUGAGCUCGAGCAUCUAAAGAGACGGAUGACUAAAGUGCAGCUUCGUUUACUGCGAGGAAGGCCUUAUCUUACUAUUUUUUAAGAUACGUUUUUAGUCAAAAUCGAAAAUUUCUUAAAUCUACGAGUAUUUUCUUACCCCGCUGGCAGAUCAUUUGAACCUGUUUUAAGCAAAAUAAACCUAAUUCAGGUUUCUGUCAGCUGGAAACAAGAUAGUUAGCUAUCGUUAUAAUUAUAAUAAUUAUCGUUCUCGGCAUGAACAGGUUUUUAGUCUCGUGACUCCCGGUCGGCCAAUCAGAUUACAGCUUGUGGUUUUUCCAAAGCUCUCAUUAUUAUAAGUGCAAUAUGCAUGUGUGGGCGGUCCGAGACUAGUUAACCCAAACCCUGUUAACCCACGGUCCCCGUCUGUGUGUUCGGUGUUGUUAGUUUUGGGUAUGUUCAGCCUCAGUGUGCCUUAAUGAGACACCGAUAAUAACCUGAGAUCCCCGAAGGGAACGGAGUGUGUGAGUGUGUGUGACGCUGAUGAUUAACUGAGAUCUGAGGAGCUUUUGAUGCCGAUUCAUGGAUGUGAUUCUUUUGAACCGGUUCUUGCAAAUGAUUCGUUCGCCUGAUUCGACUCCAAACAGCUUGAAGGAAUGUUCUGGCUUCAGUACACGUUCAGAUGCUGCUAGAAUAACUCAUAUUUCAUAUUAUUAUCAUUUCAGUAACGAUCUUUAGUGCAAUAAACUGAGCCAGACGAUCAGAAGAGUUCACCUCGUUUACCAGAGAUCGGCAUUUAACCAGAAAUGUUUCAAACCUCACUGAACGAAUCAAAUCAAGAAGCAGUUCACCGGAACGAACCGGCUGAAUCAAACGAUUCACUGAAAUGAUUCAGACUGCAGAGCUUGUAGGGCAGGAAGGAGUUUACUGACAGAUGAUGGUGAAAGUGACGUGAGAGUUCAAAGGUCAAUGAACUGGACAUGUGCGGUGAAGAAGCGAGUCGUGUGAGUUUUCCAGUUUUUUUUAAGGGUUUCUGUGGGUUUUUUGGCGAGUGAACGUGCUGAUGGCAGACAUAUUUAGAGUAUUUAUUUGGAUUGUGAUUCCUGUGGUUUGAUCCGGUCCUGCGGCGCGCUGUCGUCAUGGUAACUGGGGCCGGGGUCAUCGCGAGACACCUUCUGGACAAUCUGCUGAUUGUGUUCUGAUGAUGAAGAUGAUGAUGAUGAUGUCUCUUAUUUACACUCUUUUUUUGACACAAUAUGAUGUUUUUUAGUGUCCUCUUCUCUUCUUGGGUUUGAUUGUGAUUUAAUAGAGUAGUGUGUGUUGGUGUGUGAGGAGUGCACACACACACACACACACACACACACACACACACACA